AUGAGAGUGGGUUGUAGCAGUGGUUUUGAGGAGGACAGCAAUCAUUUACCAAUAUUUAAUGGUGGUAUUGCAAAACCCAUUCCACGACCAGCAGCAGCCUUAUUGAGCCCUCAUUUAAAUACUUGGUUAUCCUGUAGCGCACCUUAUUUCGUACCGAACGAUGGUAAUUCGACGACUGUUUUUCCUCUUCCUGGUACUUUUCCAUGGGCGAGUACAUCGAGAGGAAAACCUAGAAGGGGUAUGAUGAGACGUGCCGUAUUUUCCGAUUUGCAACGUAAAGGUUUAGAAAAAAGAUUUCAAAUACAAAAAUAUAUAUCAAAACCCGAUAGGAAAAAAUUAGCUGAAAAAUUAGGAUUAAAAGAUUCUCAGGUGAAAAUAUGGUUUCAAAAUCGUCGUAUGAAAUGGCGUAAUUCAAAAGAACGUGAACUUCUUGCAAAUGGCGGAUCACGUAAGCAAACAUUACCGAACAAAAACAAUCCGAAUCCGGAUUUAAGCGAUGCAACUAAUGACAAACCCAAACAUAAUUACACGGAUGUAUCCUCUCCUCUAAUGUCUCCUCAAACGGACGAAGAUGUUUUCGUUACUCAAAAUGAUAAUAAUAAUAAAUCAAACGGUGGUGAAAAUUACGAUUAUCAAAACAAUUCAACGACGUACGAACAAAAAACGGAUGAAAAUUUUUCCGAAAAUGGUAGUAGUAGUAAUAAUAAUAAUAAUCAUCAUCAAUCGGAUGACGUAGAAAAUUUUAACAAUUCGAAUUAUUAUAAAUACGAUUACGAAGAAACGGAUUACGAUGAUUCCGAUGAAGAAAUUAACGUUAUCGAUUACGAAUCGGAUGGCCAAUGA